GUCUGCUGAGAGGAGGCAGAAACACGCACACACACACACACUCAUAUACAACACACUCAGUCUGCAGCCGCCGCGGAGGAAACAGAACCGAGUCUUUCAGGAGUCAUGGCUGCAGGGAGAAUACGCUCCACGCGCAGACUGCGCUCGUGGAUCGUCGAACAGGUCAGCAGUGGGAAAUACGCUGGGCUGAUGUGGGACGACGACGACAAAACCAUGUUCCGCAUCCCGUGGAAACACGCAGGGAAACAGGACUUCCGUAAAGACGAGGACGGCGCCAUCUUCAAGGCGUGGGCCGAGUAUAAAGGCAAGCUGACGGACGGGGAUCUGGACAACCCGGCCUCCUGGAAGACCCGUCUGCGCUGCGCCCUCAACAAGAGUCCAGAGUUCACGGAGGUGAUGGAGCGAGCCCAGCUGGACAUCUCGGAGCCCUACAAGGUCUACCGCCUGGUGCCCAUCAGCGAGCAGGGUGUGGUGGUUCCAGAAAAGAAAUGCAGAGUUAAAGUCGCCAAGAGGAUGAAGAAGAGGAGGAGGAGGAUGAGCAGCAGCAGCAGUGAUUCGGACAGCAGCGAUGUCGUUCCGGUCAAACAGAUAAAGACGGAAGACGUCUCCUCACAGCUGUGUGUUGAAGAUGCUCUGAGGUGGAGUGACAUCCCCGCCCAGACAGAAGAACCCGCUCAGCACACCGCCGCCAUACAGACGGAGGUGGUCGAUGAGUUCAGGUUGGACGUGCGGAUCGAGGAGAGCGUUACUGUUCCGACAGCAGAUCAGGACUCCUUCAAUGUGGUGGUUCAUUAUUUAGGACAGGAGGUUCUAAAACGUCAAAUCCAGAGCAGCGACGUCAGGAUAAUGUACUUGCCCUCCUCUCCCGUUCCGCCGAUGCCGGCCGUCCUCAAGGGCUCGUUCACGCGCGUCCCGCUGCCGGAGCCGCCCUCAGCGCUGCCGGCCGGCGGGGAGCUGCAGGCCCUGUUCACCCUGCUGCCCUUCAUGGAGAAAGGGGUGCUGCUGACCGCCACGGCGCAGGGAGUCUACGGCAAGCGGUUCUGCCAGGGGCGGGUCUUCUGGACGGGGCCGCACACCACCACGCCGGACCUGCACAAGCUGGAGAGAAACACGCAGCCGGUGAUGCUCUUCAGUAAAGACGCCUUCAAGCAACAACUGGACCACUUCCGUUUAAACGGCGGCGAGCCUCCUCAGUGCGGCGUCACUCUGUGUUUCGGAGAAGAGCUGAGCAACACCGAAGACCCGUCUGAAAAACUCAUCAUAGUUCAGGUAAAUAUCUCCUUCCCGUGGGCGGAGCAGCAAGUCCAGGACGCCCUGUCCUUCUUCCAAUCCAUCACCGUCAUCCAGUCUCUGGCCAGCGAGUCUCCACUGACAGAAAUAACUCUGAACGUGGUCACGGUGCCUUGACCUGCCUCCUAAACCAUCACCCGUGAGCACCCGAAGGUGAAGGGGGAGGCAAACCAUUCUUUCAAAAUAAGAGUAUACAGGGCUGAGCGAUAUGUCGACAUAUUUAUCACCUUACAGUGAAUCAUGUCAAAUUAAACCCACGGAUGAUUAAUUACCGUCUGAAUUCUCCCGGAAUUUUACCCUGAAAAUGGAUAUUGAACUCUUUUGGGACGGACUUCGGCCCCCUCGUGUCGUCGUAGAGAUUAGUUGGUGUACUGGAAGCACUACAUGUAAACCAACACUGAGGAGUCGUCCUCGGAGCUGCAGUCAUUUUAGACUGUUCAUUCCCUCUUAUAUCUGCUUGUUUUUUGUUUUUUUUCUUACAUUUCAUAGACUAAAUAAGUAGUUAGUAAUGAAAAUAAUGCAGUUUUGUUUCUUUGGGUUAUCUAGAAAUGUUGAAAAUGUGAAACCGAUCAUUGCUGCAACAUCUGUUUUUCCUCUAAGCCAGUGGUUUCCAGGAAGAUUAACAGAAAGCUUCCCAAGUUUAACUAACCUUUUUGUUUUUUCUUGUGAAUUACUGAAUAACUGAAGGGUUUUUUAUUCAAAUGAAGAAAAAUCAGCGGGCAUUGCUUUAUUUCAGGGGGUCACGAGAUCAAAAGGUUGGGAACCACUGCUCUUAGCAACUGAUGCCUUUGUGUUUAUACUACAGCACUAUAUAAACCUUUACUCUGAUAGCCUUGUUACGCCUUCACACGUCCAAUAUUAAAGGGACUGUGUGUAACGUUUUUACACGUAUAAACGUGUUUUAAUCGUUUUAUUAUUGAAGAUAAAUUGAGGGCGUAUAAAUCUUCUGAUGUCUAUAGUUAACUAUCCUUCAGUAAAGUCAGUCAAAAAGAGAGUCGUACAAUAUCGGAGAAGCGUUUCAGAGACGGAGAGAAAGGGUUGCUAAGAGUUUUGUCUAAUGCUAACAGCAGCAGACAUUUACUCUCCAUCUCUGAGACGUUUCUCCGAUAUUGUAGCUCGCUAAAGCCUCGAAUCACAGUUUGUCAUCUCAACAACACGGCAAGAUGACAUUUUAGAUGUGUAACUUUAGCCCACUGCUAGCCUCCAGUCUUUCCUUUGUUUAGCCUCCAGCUAACACCGUGACCUCAUCAUGACCUCAUCAUGACGUCCACACUAAAAGGGUCCGUUUUACUAACGUUAAUCAACAUGCUCGUUCGCGGCUACGCAGUGCGAGCACAAGCGCGAGCAACAGGACGCCGACUGUCGUUGACUUAACGGCCACAGGUGUCAACAAGCACAUAGAGUCCCUUUAAUCUCACAGUGAAAUAAAAGGAAACACAUGAUUCAAGACGUUGAAACACAAAUAGUUCAGUAGAGUAGCGAGAACACGUGUAAUAAUUUUUACUUUUUUUAAUCACCGUUAGUCAAAUCCGACUCUAAGGGUGUAGUUAUUUUUAAGCUUUUGUAGUUAAGACAUUUAUACUUUUACAAAUGUGGGUUGAAGGUUGUAUUUUGAUAGAUUUCACUCUGUUUAUGAGACUUUUAAAGGAAAAAUCCGACCUUCUAUACUCCUGUUAGUGCAUUUUUUUAUUAUCAUGUGAGAAAAAUGUACAAGAGUGCACCCAGUUAAGACUUGGGAUUAGUGUUUUGAGAGUUGCACCAAAUUCUGACACUUCUGAUUUACACGUUUAAAAUGUUUUACUGUAGUCGUUACGGGUUAGGGGAAAAUAAAAGAAACAAAACAUCCUACAUUACAGAACGAAAGUCAGCAAAUACAGUCUGCUGAAGCUCAAAAUGUUCUUAUUGAGACCGUCAGACGCGUUUGGUUGGGCAUUAUUUAAAAAGGUAGCAGAUGUAUUCCUCUUUCUUUAUACAGUUAACGGCUUUUAGCAAACAUCAUUUACGAGACAUUUCCUCUUGGGAAAAACAUAAUAUUGUCAAGAAUAUAUAAUGUAGCAGCUAUAAAGGACAUUUUUAAGUGUUUAUUAAUAUACAGUAUUUGUCAGCAAUUAUAUAAACUUAUUUCAUAUUAUUACAUAUAUUGUGUUUCAUUAUUGGAGGAGUCAUAGUUGUUGACAUACAUUAUUAAACACUUACAACUACAUUAUAGUGUGUUAUAAACCAUUUAUUAAAUGUUUACUAUUUUAAAAAAAAGCUAUAAAUACUAAAUAGGGGCAGUUCAGUGAAGCGUUUGUGUGUUUUUUUAUCAAUUACUUUUGUUUUCUGGUUUCUUUAUUUAAAAGGCAGCAUCCGCUUAUUAACAACAUAAACUACCGCCUCUGUCAUGACCAUCAACCUGAAUCAAAACUAACAUUUUGAGCUUCAACAAAUUGUUUUUUACUGCAGGUGUUUAGUAUUGUAAGGUGUUUCUGUUAUUCUGUCCACCCCCCCAGAGCUUGUAAUGUACAUAGGGAUAA